CUGACUUGGUGUAUUUCCUCGAUGUUUCUAGGCACAGGCGCAUCGUGUAUCUAUCCACUGCUCGGAGCGAAGAUUAAUGGUUGGAAAUUCUGUGCUUCAGAAGUGGACGAGGUGUCUUAUCGUUUUGCUUGUGAGAAUGUGAAGAGAAAUGAAUUGGAGGAAAAUAUACAAGGUAUUAUUUCAUUUUCUUACAUCUGUUGUGUGCAAGUGAUUUCGUCUGAUUAAUGUAUAUCC